AUGUCCCGGGCGCGACAAGGACCAGGCGCAGCCACGUUCGGCGACUCCUACGUGAUUCCCAGUGCAGUGCUCGAGGACAUAGACGGCUCCUCGACGUGGUUGGCCGCCAGCAACCACUUGAGCGACACCCUGAAGUUACCUGACUUGACUACUAGACAUGGCCUGAAGAAGGUGCAUGCUCGUUUCAACGAGAUCUACAAGAAGCUCAACGCCACCUAUACGUCCGCCCAGAGGCAAGGCAACGAGAAGGUCAUGGGUGGCAUGGUGGGCAUCAUGGCCAAGAUGUGCGCCGAUGCCCUCCUGAGGGAUAAGCUGUUUGAGAAAGGUCUUCUAGAGAAGGUGAUGCCACUCCUCGAAUUCGACUCGACGCUUCAUCUCGCGCUGAAUGCGCUCGCGAUGGUCACCCACCAUGGAGGACUCGAAGCACGCCAGGCGAUCGCGCGGCGCAACAGGACGCUCGUGGAAGUCUUCCGAGACCACCCAGACGAUCUGAAGCUUGCAGAGCUCGCCAUCAUCACUCUCGCCCACGCUACAGAAGCGUUCAUCGCUUGCGAAGACAAGCCUCGCCUCGCGGACCUGAAAGAUAUCGUCAUCCACUCCGUAUUGCAAACCACCGUCGACGUCUUCCGCAAACGAGUGGACUCGCAUGAGCUGCUGACGCACGGGCUCGGCCUCCUCGCGUCCGCGACCCAGCACUGCUCGAAGGACUGCAAGGCCAUCCCCGGCCUGACGAACCUCAUCGCAGCCUUCUUGCGAUGCAACAACCUCAACACCCGCGCGACCGCCCUCGGGGGAAUCCUCCGUCUCCCCAUCUCCGAAUGCGAGCCGGACGAGCUAUACUUUGACCCCAACAGCAUAAUGCGCGCCGUCAUGGAGGGUCCCCCAGACCACCUCCUCGACAUCCUUUACGACUACGGCCUCAAUCGGACCGAGGCGCACGUCUACACCGCCGUCAGCAUGGAAUACCAGAAGGCCAUGAUGCAGUGCGUGCAGGACCACGACCUGCACGCGCUCGGCAAGCGGCUCUUCGCCAUCAUCCUGCAGACCGAAUUCUCCAUCGCAGAGGGCGGCUUCCAGGCUGACAACGGCGAGGUGGUGACGGGCAUCCCGGGGCUGCCCUUCGCGUACUGGACGGACGCGCUCCCCGCGGCCGCCAAAGCGCUUCGCGAGCGCGCGAACGGCAGCGCGGCCGACCUCGACGAGGCGGACGUCGUCGAGAUGAAGUUCUACAUCGUCCGCCAGCGGCUCCCCCAGGCGCUCGCGCUCGCACACCGCGCGGUGCAGCGCAACCCGUGCCUCGCCUAUGCGCACUAUGUCCUCAGCAUGAGCGCGGACGCGGAGCAGGGCCUGCGCGCGGUGAAGAAGGGGCUCCGGUGCCCGGACGUGACCCCGUUCCUGCGCUGCCAGAUACUCUGGCGCGCGACGGGCCACGCGGGGCAGCAGGGGCUCCGGAUCUUGAAGGAGGCGGGGGACGGCGACGUGCAGGCGCGCGCGGAGGGUGCGGCGUUCUUGAUGUCCGCCUGGGAGGACGCGAAGACGUUUAUCUCCGACGCGCCCCCCGACGCGCGGCACAUGCUGGAGAUGCUGGGGUGGUAUGUGCUUCUGACGGUGGUUAUCCGGGGGCCGGAGCUGAGCGAGGAGCUGAAGGAGCUCGAUCCCGCGCGCAGGAAGAUCAAGGCCGCCAUCGACUUCAUGAAGUGGAUGGGAUAUCCGAUCAAGAGGAAGCAGAUGAACAUGGCCCGCGAGCUCGUCUUUGAGCUCUACACACCCGGAGCGCGGGAAUGGGGCGCCGUCGUAGAGCGCUUUAACGACCUUGAUGUGUCUGUCGAGGGCGACACGCCAUUGUCGCCUGCGGACGCGGAAGACGAGCUGGCGGCAUGGCUCGACAACGUAGACCUAGAGGAUGGCGACGUUGCUAGACAUGGACACGGGCGUGGGCGGCGGCGAGCGAACGCUCCGUCGAGCACCGGAAGUGGGACGAGCGGGUACGAGCUCUACCGCUGUUCGUGGUGCGGGAACCCGAGCGCCGUGCUCAGGAGAUGCGGAGGGUGCGCCAAGACGAGGUACGUGGUAAUCGGGAUAUUGUGUGGCAGGUGCGCAUCCUAA